AUGUUGAAAACAUAUGAGACGCGCAAUCUCACUCCUUCUUCUGGCUUUGUCGAGCUCACUGACGGCCAUCUCAAGCUCCAUCCUGUUCCAGGCUUCAUCAUCCUCGAACUCAGGACCAAGAAGCCAGAGAAUGUUGACCACAGAGUACCUCCAGAGGCCCGACAAAUUAUCGAAACGCUCUGCUGGGUGACUUCGUCGGCGCUUGCCGCUGAUCACACCACCCCCGGAUCUUCCCGCGUGAAACCAGACAUGUUCGGGUUCGUAAAGGUUCCUACAUUUGGACGCGAUCUCCCUCCAAUAAUCGGGUACCUUGCUGGUACCUCGUCAUGGAGGCUUGCGUCUGCUGUUCUUCGAGCAAUUUUUGCGCCAGCUUUCUGUCGGCCCAUGAACGGGUCGCGUGACGAGACUGCCUUUCGUUUCGUCAACACAUGCAGUGGUCUGGCUCGAGUUACCGACUUAGAGCUGGUGAGCCGAAACCGAGAGAAUCCCACCACUAGAGCUGAAGUCUCUGACGGUGGCCUUGAUGUUGGCCUGAUUCCGAAUGAGGCCAUCAGUCGAGGACUUUGGGCUAUCAUCGAAUGA